AUGUCUUGGGCAGGGUUUAAGAAAAAUGUCAACCGAGCAACGACACAGGUGAUGAUGAAGACGGGGCAUGUCGAGAGGACGAACGAUCGCGACUAUGAGAUUGAAGAACGCCGGUACCGGACCAUGGAGACAGCAGCGAAUCGCCUGCAGAAGGAAGCGAAGGGAUAUCUUGAUUCACUACGAGGUGAGACAAGGCAGAAACGGAGCACAAAGCACAAGAGAGUAAUGCUGACCACCACAGCUAUGACUGCGUCUCAAAUGCGCAUCGCGGAAACCAUCGAUGCGUUUUACGGCGACGCCGGAACCCGCGAUGGCGUAAGCCGGAGUUACAAGCAAGCCGUGGAAGAUCUCGAUGCAGAGACCAUCAAGGCUCUAGACGGACCAUACCGCGCCACGGUCCUUGACCCGAUUUCUCGUUUCUGCGCCUACUUCCCCGACGUCAACGAGUGUAUCAAGAAGCGCAACCACAAACUUCUCGACUAUGAUGCGAUGCGCGCCAAGGUCAAGAAGCUGGCCGAAAAGCCCGACAAGGAUGUCACCAAGCUUCCACGGACCGAGCGCGAAGCCGAAAUGGCCAAGCAAGCCUAUGAGCAGUUGAACGAACAACUCUUCAAUGAACUCCCGCAGCUGAUCGAUCUGCGUGUGCCAUAUCUCGAUCCCAGCUUUGAGGCCCUCGUCAAAAUCCAGCUCCGCUUCUGCGCUGAGGCAUACUCGCGCAUGGCGCAGGUCCAACAGUAUCUCGACGCUGAGACUCGUGACCAGUACGCAAAGGGCGACCUAGACAAUCGGGUCGAGGAAGUACUGCAGGAAAUUCGGGAUUUGAGCAUCGCAGGCACGGUCUAA